AUGGCCGCCCAGGGAGACCGGCAGGUCCAGUUCAAACUCGUCCUGGUGGGCAACGGCGGCACCGGGAAGACGAUGAUCCUGAAGCGCCAUUUGACCGGCGAGUUUGAGAAGAAGUAUGUAGCCACCCAGGGCGUGGAGGUGCACCCACUUGUCUUCCAUACCAACAGAGGACCCAUCAAGUUCAACGUGUGGGACACAGCCGGCCAGGAGAAGUUCGGGGGCCUGCGUGAUGGCUACUACAUCCAAGCCCAGUGCGCCAUUAUAAUCUUUGACGUAACAUCAAUAGUUUCUUACAAGAACGUACCGAACUGGCAUAGAGAUCUGGUACGCGUGUGUGAAAACAUUCCCAUUGUAUUGUGUGGCAACAAAGUGGAUAUUAAAGACAGGGAAGUGAAGGCAAAAUCUAUUGUCUUCCACCGAAAGAAGAAUCUUCAGUACUAUGACAUUUCUGCCAAACGUAACUACAACAUUGAAAAGCCUUUCCUGUGGCUUGCCAGAAAGCUCAUCAGAGAGCCUAACUUGGAGUUUGUUCCCAUGCCUGCUCUUGCCCCACCUGUGGUCAUGGUCCCAGCUUUGGCAGCACAGUACCAGCACGAUUUAGAGGUUGCUCAGACAACUGCUCUCCCGGAUGAGGAUGAUGACCUGUAA